GGUAAUGAGCAUCCUAAAGAAGAUCUCAAACUUCACCUGAAGAAAUUAACUCAUGCUGCCCCUUGCAUGUUGUUUAUGAAAGGAACUCCUCAGGAGCCGUGCUGCAGUUUCAGCAAGCAGAUGGUGGAAAUCCUUAACAAACAUAAUAUUCAGUUUAGCAGUUUUAAUAUCUUCUCAGAUGAAGAAGUUCAUCAGGGCCUCAAAACCUAUUCCAACUGGCCCACCUAUCCCCAGCUCUAUGUUUCUGGAGAGCUCAUAGGAGGACUUGAUAUAAUUAAGGAGCUUGAAGCAUCUGAUGAACUAGAUACAAUUUGCCCUACAGCUCCCAAAUUAGAGGAAAGGCUCAAAGUACUGACAAAUAAAGCUUCUGUGAUGCUCUUUAUGAAAGGAAACAAACAGGAAGCAAAAUGUGGAUUCAGCAAACAAAUUCUGGAAAUACUAAAUAAUACUGGUGUUGAAUAUGAGACAUUUGAUAUAUUGGAAGAUGAAGAAGUUCCUCAGCGGUUAAAAACUUAUUCAAAUUGGCCCACAUACCUUCAGCUGUAUGCGAAAGGGGAGCUUGUUAGAGGUCUGGAUAUCAUUAGGGAACUAGGAGACAAUGGUGAGCUGCUGCCAGUUCUGAAAGGAGAGAACUAG